AUGCCACCCCCGCUGACUGACAACAAGAAGCUACCCUCUCUAGUCAUUGUAGAGAAAGAGCCAGCAUCUUCAUUUCAGGAACUCUCUCUAGGAGGCGUGAUUCCUAUCGAAAUUCGUAUCAAUAAUCUCACAGUGGCGCUCCCGACCAAGCAGCUAAAGCAACGCAACAGAACUCCGGCAUACUUCGAAAACUUCUUCAACUCACAGGCCGUGCAGUCAGACCCGGAACCGGCAGUGGUACCUCCCCCAAAGAAGAUACUCGAUGGUAUUCACGCGGAUCUAGCAAGUGGUACCUUGACAGCAAUACUUGGAGCAAGCGGAAGUGGAAAGACGUCAUUGCUCAACUCUAUGUCGCAUAGAUUCAGCGAGAAGCAGCUCCAAACAAGUGGAACCAUUCUCUACAAUGGAGACGAUCGGUUGAGCAAUGUUCGAAGCACUUAUGUCAUGCAACAUGAUGUUCUGCUACCAACUCUGACUGUUCGAGAAACACCCCAGUACGCAGCAGAACUACGGCUACCUCCACCAACUUCGGCAGAGGAACGAAAGGCGAUCGUGGAAGAAGUGCUUCUGGAACUUGGUCUCAAAGAAUGCGCAGAUACUCGGAUCGGCAACAGCGACUACAAGGGCUGCUCUGGUGGAGAGAAACGACGGACCAGCUUGGCUGUACAGCUUCUUGCCAACCCAAGUGUUCUGUUCCUGGAUGAAGUCACAACCGGUCUGGAUGCAACAACGGCGCUUCAGCUCGUUGCGACCUUGAAGCAGCUAGCGAGGCAGGGAAGGACGAUUGUGGGGACCCUACAUCAACCGAGAUCUCAGAUGUGGGACCUGUUUGAUAAUGUCUUACUGCUUUCGGGAGGCUCACUUGUCUACGGUGGCUCAAAAGAUGUCUGCAUCUCCUACUUUGCAGACUUGGGAUACCCAUUGCCCGCAUUUGUCAACCCAAGUGAACACAUUAUUGACCUUGCAGCAAUCGACAGAAGAUCUGCGGAUGCCGAGGCUGCAUCGCAGGUCCGCGUCAAGCUACUGAAAGAAGUAUGGAAGAGCGCUUCUCAGACUCCAGAAGAUGAGAAGCCCAUUGUAGGAGUUGCAACUCGAUCUAACCCUUUACGAAUAAAUCGUUCUUCCUUCCAGCACCAAGUCAGAGUACAGACUGCAAGAACGAUAAAGACAGCAUGGAGAGAUCCGUUCGGUAUUUCGUUAUUACCGGCUGGCCGAGUAGGAGCGCUGUACACAGCAUCUGUUCAGCAAGGAUUCUUGAUCUUGAUAUUCGAAAUCUACCGCCUUGCACAAGAGAUUCCGGUCUUCGAUCAAGAGCAUAUCGAAGGAGUUGUCAGCGUAUCUUCGUUUCUGGUCAGUCGUCGACUGGCACGCCUGUUCAUCGAGGAUAUCCCAAUCCCUCUGAUAUUCUCGGUCACCUUCUACUUCAUGGCUGGGUUUCGCCAUCUUGCAAGCCAGUUCUUCACGUUCUUCGCCUUAAUACUGCUCAUCCAUUAUUUGUCGGUGACUCUUGCAAUGCUCUGUAUCGCUAUCUCUCGGAGCUUCGCGAGCGCAUCCAUGGUUGCUAACUUGGUUUUUACUGUCCAAACACUUUGCAGCGGAUUCUUCGUCCAAUCCAACCAGCUACCUGUUUACCUUCGCUGGCUCAAAUAUAUCGCGUACGUGUGGUAUGCCAAUGGCGCAUUCUGUACCAACGAGUUCGUUAGCCACACUCCCAAUCCUGUAGGUCAGCUCUAUGCUUGUCCAUUUCCUGGUGGCUCCUCGAACCCCGAAUGCAAGCCUUAUACAGGUGUGUUUAUCAUGGAAUCGCUCGGCUUCCCCCACACCUGGACUUAUAAGCCGUUCUUGGUUCUAGUAUCACUCGUGCUGGCACACUAUGGUGGUGCUUUUUUCCUCUUCGCGUACCGAAAAGUUCAAAUCGGGGUUGUUCGUACACCAAAGCUACAAACAGAGGUGGCAAAGGGCGAAGAUCUGGUCUUGAUCCAAGCAGCGGGAAAUGCUAGACACAUCGAAAUCACUCUCAACAAAUAUGGCCUCAAAGUGCUGAAGCGAGUAGUGCUCGGAGCAAAACCCCCGAUAAAGACACUUCUCAAUCCCAUCAAUACCAAAUUUAAGGCAGGAAAGCUCAACCCCAUCAUCGGACCUUCAGGGAGUGGCAAGACGUCUCUGUUAGCCUCAUUAGCAAACCGACACCACGAAAGCUUGACAGCAAAAUACAGCAGGCAAGGUGCUAUGCUAUACAAUGGCGCAGCUCCAUCAGAGGAUGUGGUUCGCUCGGUGUCAUCCUAUGUCUGCCAAGAUGACAACGCGUUACUGCCCACGCUUACAGUUCGAGAAACUCUCCACUUCGCAGCCUGUCUGAGACUUCCUACCUGGUUGUCCAAAGAGGACAAGGUUCAACGAGCGGAAACAGUCUUGGAGAAGCUUGGACUGAAGGAUUGCGCUGAUGCUCUAGUCGGCAGUGAUCUGAUCAAAGGCAUCAGUGGAGGAGAGAAGAGGAGAGUGAGCAUCGCUACUCAGAUCUUGACGGAUCCUCGCGUUUUACUUUUGGACGAACCAACAUCAGGAUUGGACUCGUUCACAGCUUCCUCUAUCAUUGAAAUGCUCGCAAGCUUGGCCAAAGAGGGAAGAACGAUAAUUCUCACCAUCCAUCAGCCAGGCUCCAAGCUCUUCCAACGGUUCGACAACAUUCUCCUGCUCGCUCGCGGUGGCUUCCCAGUCUUCUCUGGUAAAGGUGUUGACAUGCUGCCUUACUUCUCAAGUGUCGGCUUUCAGUGCUCAAAGAACACGAAUCCCACCGAUUUUGCACUCGAUUUAAUUACUGUUGAUCUCCAAGCAUCCGACAAAGAAGCGCUCAGUAGAGAGAAAGUCGAGGGGCUCAUCAUUGAAUGGCAACGAAGAGAAACGUCCAGUCUUCCUGCGGUGUCAUCUUCCGACAUCCCGACGCCAGCAGAACUUGGAAGUUUCAAGCGAGCAAUGACUCCCUUCGGAGUUGCUCUCCCUCUGCUCAUUAAGCGCAGCUUGAUCAACUUUCGCCGUGACGGUAAUGUGGCAACGGCUCGUAUUUCCCAGGUCUUGGGUUAUGGGGUGAUCGUCUCGCUGUUCUUCGCACCGAUUAAGAAAGACUAUGACAGUAUCCAGUCUCGAUUCGGAUUCAUUCAAGAACUUGUUGAAAAAAAGAUCUUCUACAACGAAUAUGAGGAUCGUUCAUACCCACUCCCCGCUUUCUUCCUCUCGUACACGCUUCUUGAAAUCCCGUUCGAAAUCCUGACAUCGCUUCUCUUCUCCAUAUUCGGCACCUUCGCCGUCGGCUUCCCCCGCACCGCAUCCCUCUACUUCGCGAUGGCUUUCAACAUAUUCUGCGUCGUUUCUUGCGGCGAGUCUGUGGGCAUAAUGUUCAACACUCUCUUCGACCACACCGGGUCGCCAUAA